AUUUUCUCGACGUACCGAAUUUACUCCGCAUUCACAAGGAAGUGCGGGGAAAUUUGUGCGCUUCUUCCAGCCGAGUUGGUCCAUGUUAGGCUUAGGUGGUUUUUCUGUGUUAUAGCUUAUAUGGAAGCUUGAAUAGUUUCCCCAACGUAAAGGAUAAGAGUCUCCCACAGCUCAAGACAUGCCACGGAGAAAGAGAACGGCGGGCAGCAGCUCGGAUGGGACGGAGGACUCCGAUUUUUCCACCGACCUCGAACAUGUUGAAGCUGCAGAGAGGGCGCACAAACGCAGCAGCACGCGUCUGACUCGUGCAUCCCUGCGCCUCAGCCGGAGCUCCCAAGAUGCUGCUGCGGCUCACGAUGAAGGCCUGGGUUCAGCAGCAGAGUCGGCUGCAGCAUCGGUGGCAGCCUCUGUCUUCUCCUCUGAACACAGGAUUACACGCAGCCAGCAGGGGGCGGCAAACCCUAAAGCCAAAAAAUACCCUUUGCGUCAGAGCAGGUCAUCUGGCUCAGACACAGAAGCCAAUGCAGAUGCAAAACAAGGAGCAGACCAGGAUGAGACACCACCUCGGACCCCAACAGGCAAUGCCCCAUCCUCAGAGUCAGAUAUUGAAGCUUCCAGCCCGAGCAACGACCACGUGUCUUCUAGCAACAAUAUUGCAGUUUCACAAGAGGAGGAUGAGAGACUGGCAAAAGAGCUGUCGCUCAAAGAGGCCGCCGCCCACGACCUCUCCCACCGGCCCAAACGACGACGUUUCCAUGAAAGCUACAAUUUCAACAUGAAGUGUCCCACACCAGGAUGCAACUCACUUGGUCAUCUAACAGGAAGACAUGAGAGACAUUUCUCCAUAUCAGGCUGCCCGCUGUACCACAAUCUCUCUGCUGAUGAAUGCAAGGGCAAGGCAACGACACGCGAUAAACAGGCCGAAGAAAGGACACUGUCACACCGGCAGGAUGAGAACAGACACUCCACAAGGAACCAGGCCCCCACAGAGGGACAGCUGCGCUACAAAGACAAGGUGACAGAGCUGAGGAGGAAGAGGAACUCUGGCCUCAAUAAGGAGCAGAAGGAAAAAUAUACAAAACACAGACAAAGCCACGGGACGAGCCGGGAGCCGCUGCUGGAGAACAUCACCAGCGACUAUGACCUCGAGCUGUUCAGGAAAGCUCAGGCACGUGCUUCGGAGGACCUUGAGAAGCUCCGCCUGACCGGCCAGGUGUCGGAGGGCAGCAACAUGAUUAAGACCAUAGUGUUCGGCCGGUUUGAGUUGGACACCUGGUACCACUCUCCGUACCCAGAGGAGUACGCCCGCCUGGGGAGGCUCUACAUGUGCGAGUUCUGCCUCAAGUAUAUGAAGAGUCAAACCAUUCUGCGCAGGCACAUGGCCAAGUGUGUGUGGAAGCAUCCACCAGGGGAUGAGAUCUACAGAAAGGGGAACAUCUCUGUCUUUGAGGUGGAUGGAAAAAAGAACAAGAUUUACUGUCAGAACUUGUGUCUGCUAGCAAAGCUAUUCCUGGACCACAAGACGCUGUAUUAUGACGUCGAACCAUUCCUCUUCUACGUCAUGACAGAAGCCGACAACACAGGAUGCCACCUAGUUGGGUACUUCUCCAAGGAGAAGAACUCUUUCUUGAACUACAAUGUGUCCUGCAUCCUCACAAUGCCACAGUACAUGAGGCAAGGCUACGGAAAGAUGCUCAUUGACUUCAGCUACUUGUUGUCCAAGGUGGAGGAGAAGGUGGGCUCACCUGAGCGCCCCCUGUCGGACCUGGGUCUAAUCAGCUAUAGAAGUUACUGGAAAGAUGUUCUGCUGCAGUACCUGAACAAUUUUCAGGGAAAGGAGAUCUCCAUCAAAGAGAUCAGCCAAGAGACAGCAGUAAACCCAGUGGAUAUUGUCAGCACACUGCAGUCCCUUCAGAUGCUCAAAUACUGGAAAGGAAAACACUUGGUUUUAAAGAGACAGGACCUUAUUGACGACUGGAAGGCGAAGGAGACCAAACGUGGUAAUGGAAAAACCAUUGACCCCACAGCCUUAAAAUGGACCCCGCCUAAAGGGACUUAAAGGAGCUUCCUUCUUUCUCCAAAUACCCACAUAUAUACAGAUCCUCCUUCGUACACUGGCAUGCUCACUGACCCUGAGCCUAAAUCCUCACAGCUGCAGCACGUUCACAUCCAAGUACAGUUAACCAUUUCUUUGGGUUCAAACAGUGUCUGGGUUGACCUAAGUCAAAUAAAUAUUGCUCUAUCUCAAUUAUAAAAUGUUUUUCUUUAAUUAUUUUCAUUCCUGGGGCUACAGGAAUAGUAGGGAAGAUGUGGAUGAGGUAGACCUGGAUGUCCCCUCUUUUAGAAGGACUACAAACUGACUUGACAAAAAGAUAUAUUUGGACCAGGCCAAUACAUUUAAUGGUUAGUUAAUGAGGGAUAUCAUGAGUUUUGAGUUCGCAGCACAGUUAAGUGUAUUUUUAUUAUUGAUCAUUUCUAUGUAGAUUUGGCGUUCCUCCUUUCAGGGUUAUACCCAUUAACUUUGACACAUUUGACAUUGUUACCACAAGAAAUGUUACUGAAACAAGUCUUGUUUCUCAAGUCUUUUACAGCCUGUAAUGGAUUUUUUCCAAGAUUGCCCUGUGUUCAUCAACUCUUACCAGCUUUCCCAUCCAUGCUGAAGAAAAGCAUUUCCACAGCAUGAUGCUACCACCACGUUUUAUCAUUAUGGUGAUGUGCCAAUAAAGUGCCUUGAAGUUUCUAGUUGUAAUGUAACUAAAUGUAAAAAUAAAAAAAUGAAGGUGUACAAAUACUUUCCAACGCACUAUAAAGUCUUUGCAUGCAGGAUUGCUGAAUCACUAGGGAAAGACUUGUUGUGCUUAGAUCUCAUUGACCUUAUGUGUUAUCUGAAAAGUGAAAAUAAUAGAGCACUUCCCACCUCCUCCCAGUCACUUAAUUAGUAACGGGCUCCAGGCAUCUCUACUAAUCCAAUCUGUGACAGGCAGCAUCGAACUGGAGCUGCAUCUCGUUCUGUUAUCGAGAUACAACACAGGUUAGCAACAGGCUGACCUAUGGAAACAUGUCUAGGCUGAUACAAACCAGCUGGCCGGGCUGUGAAUUAGAAGGGUACACCCUUAAAAUGUACAGUUAGUAAGAAGAGGGGCCCUGCACAAAAUGGAUUUUAAAAUGUGGGUCUUGUUUAGAGUUUAGUAAAGAGCUUAGUAAAGUACUUAUUAUUUAUCCUACAUAGAGAAGCCCAUAAAACACUUAAGACUUUGACAAUUUCCCAUAAGUUGAUGUAACAAAUGCUACUUUUAACUAAUUACUGAGUACUGAUAAGUUCCGUCCUCAAGGUAUCCAUGGAACAAAUGAGGGGAGUCAACAUUUGAAAUUACAUUAAAUAUAAAAUACGUAAAAUAGAUUUAGAAGUAAUAUUUGAAAAGUGGCUGUUUGAACCCAAAGCAAAUAACUUAUUUGGCUGUAACAAACAUGUCUUGUGUCUUAUGUUUAAUCUAUUUCUGCAGUCCGUUUGCCAGGAAGCUAUAGCUGCCACUGGCCAUGUUUUGACUGUUCUCUGGUAUCAGGCAGGAAUUUACCUGGAUGUGGAUGUGUGAUCACCUCUUGCCUGGUUUUACUCUUGUUGCGUCACUUGUGAUGUUAGAAGUGUACAAGACUGCACAGGUCUCUUCUGUAUCCUUUACUUUUUAAAGUUCUCAGUUCAGUUUUAUACUUUUUCUACCUCUUAAGGUUUUACUGCUGUUUAAUAGGUCAAACAACUAUUGUACUGUUUUCCUUUUUACUAUGUGUUGACCUGGAAAUAUGUAGUUGUUUUCCCAGGUGUUUUCCUUCUUUUUAUUGGAUUAAUCUUAUUAUUAUUGGCAUUUUUCUCAUGUGGUAUUUAUAUUCUUAAAAAGGAUCAUUUUAACUGUGUAUAGCAUAAAAGGAUGUUUAUUUAGCUGGACUGGCUUUCUUGUAAAUAUAUUUAUGUGUAAGACCUAUAUGUGGAUCUGAAUGUGUUGAAAGCUCUUCAAAAGGGACAAUUUCAGGUCAUCCAACCCACCAAACAGUAACGGAAACCAUUUACAUUUCAGAGGCUUAUUGCUCGCUACAAGAAGUGACAAGACUGAGUCAAAACGUGUCACUUUUACACCUUGUCACUCAUUGUUACAGCCAAAAAAUGAAAAGAAUGAACAGUUUUUUAAGUAUGAUUAGCAACCCACAAUGACUGACCAAAAUUAGUUUUGUUUUUGAAAUAAGAUGAUUAAGCAGUAGUUUUUCAGCUUAGUUGUGUACUUCUCGUAGCUUCCCAUCUGCUAGUUUUGCAUCAGACUUGGCUUUCCUAUUCUUAGCUUCUUACUGGGCAAAGUGAAACCACUGGGUCUAUAUCAUAGCUAACUGACUGCUGUCCUAGCUUAGCUUAGUUUAGCUUAGCUUUGUAUUCAGCUAAGCGUUGAAUGGUUGCUUACCUUAGCUUUGUACUUAGCUAAGCUAACUGACUUAAAUUUGUUCUUAGCCAGCUUAAAACUGCCAGCUCAGUUAGCAUUGUACUUUGCUUAUAAGAGACUGCUAUAUUAGCUUUUAGGUUAAGUUAUUGCAAGAUAAGUGUCUUGCAAUUAAAUUAAAGUGUCAGAUUUGGUGACAACAUUUUUUUCCUUGAUACUGUUUUGUUUUGAACUUUAAUGUUGUAGCUGAGAUUUUUUCUCUUCCUGGCAUUUGUUCUAGUGUGGUGUAAUAUAUUCUUUCUGUAAAAUGUGUGAAGUUGAAGAUUAAGUUCUUUAUGUUUCUUUAUUUCCUUUGUGUAUUCUAUAAAACAUUGCUGACUGGCCAAUCUUAACAUAUUUUUAAUUCAAUUCUACGUGCAAGGACUAUUUUUUUGUGCCAACCCCUAGAGACCGUUAAAGGCAAAGUGCACUUAAUUGAUUUAAGAUUGUCAAAGGAGAAAACUCUACCCAAGGACACACUUCGAAUGACUUCAUACUUCAAUGUGGCUCUUUUUUUUUACACUAAAACAUGACCUGAACCUGUUCUCUAUUUCUGAAACUUGGGAAAAUGGGUUCCAUGUGUUUACAACACAAGGAAGGCAUCUUAUCUUAGGCCGAACAUAUAAUUUUUCUCACCGUUUUUGAAAAUACAUUUGAAAUAAGGUUCUUAUUGGACACAGGGAUUCGAAACCACAAAUUACCUUGUCAAAAAUAGCCUCUGUGUUGAACGUAUCGGUCUGUUGUAUCUGCUAAAAUGCGGUGUCUUUUUGUCUGCCUUGACAUCACUAUAUCCUUAUUUCUUUUGUAUAAUUUUUUUCAAAUUCUCAUGUGUUCCCCCCCCCCAGAUUUUUUGUUUGUUUUUUGUGCCAAUGGCAGCUAUAGAUGGACAGCUUCCGAACAUAUUACAAGUGUUCAUCUACCUAACUUCCUUAUAUAAAUACCUUCUAUCAGCUUCCAUCAGUCAGCAGGAAGGUGUUCUGCUAACAAACCAUUCACAAAGCAGCAAAACAGAAAAGUAGCCAAAAGUGGCAUUGGUUUGUAGCUCGGUUGUGCUAUUGCACUUGCUUCGCCCCCUUCCCUCUUUCCUCACUCUAAUAAAUGCUGUCAUCUAAA